CUGGAAUGUUGAAUAAGAUGAAUUAAUGUUCGGCUAGCAUCAAUUAUGCAGUUAGUACAACGGGAAUGCAACGAGAAAUGCCCAAGGGCCUGAGUUUGGAAGCAGUUCUAAAUGGACCCACUGGUUCCCGUGCUAAAGGUCGCAGUCCUUCAAACAUUAAUAAACCCAAGAAGAAACGGGGAAGACCUCCAAAAGUUAAAGAGGAACCCGAAAUCGAAGUUUUUCCUCCGUCUGGAACCUCUCAGCAUGCGACUGGUAUUGACGUAUUCAACGGUUUGACGGGUCAUUUUUCAGACAUCAUUGUUCCAGAAAACGACAAUCAUGAUGUGUUUUCGGACAGUGGUAGCGUGAAGUCCAACGCCAAUUCAGAAUGCAAUUUUACAGCUUCAAGUUUUGUUAGUGAACGUCAACACGAAGAUUUAUACCUCAAUGGGUUCAAACAUACACAGUCUACGUCUGCGAAGGUUGUUCCGACCAAAAAAUUAAAAACAGGAAGUAGGAAGGAAGACUUGUCGCAGUUUGCUGGAGAUCAUGACGGUUUGGAGUUUGUUCGACCAAGUGAACUAGAGGCUAGAGUCAAGGAGCGUCGCGAUCAGUUUGAAAUUGAGGAUGACUUGACUUGGGAUGGAAUUGACAACGUGUCAGAAGUUGGAUCAGAGAAAUCGGCGAGUGGUAGACGUUUGACCUACCUGCAGCAAUGUGUGGAUCUCUCUCCUCGCAUGCCGGAUGAGCUGUUCUGUGGUGACGUCAUAGACAGACUGGUGUUGCCCCCCUCCUCCUCCGAUCUCCUAAUCCAGAAUGAGAUAAUCAUGCCCACUCUAGAGGUAUACGAAGUGCUGAGGAGGUUCCAUCAGGUGUUGCGACUCACUCCCUUCAAGUUCGAAGACUUCUGUGCCGUUCUGCAGAUUAAUGAGAGCUCACAACUACUGGCCGAGAUACACAUAUCGCUCAUGAAAAUAAUCCUCAAAACCGAGGAAUCCUUUGGGUAUGUGUUCACUCCUUAUGACAGCAAAUUCACUUUUGACCUUGUAGUCCACUUCAUAGAUGAAGCCACAUGGCCUGUCAUUGUGUCCGAUUACAUAAUGUCCCUAGAAUCAUGUCCUUCGCCAGUACAGGAAGCAGUUUUGUCACCUCGAUACCCUUUCGUAAACGUCGCAUAUCGAAUUGCAGUGCUGAAAACAUUGGUUGGUAUAUUCUCUGACCUCGAAAUCAUUAGAAACGAGUUGAAUUCAGACGGUCAGAUUGUAUACGACACGAAAUGUCGACGUUGUGGUGAUCCGGGUAAUCUCUUAUGUUGCGACAACUGUCCCGCCGUAUACCAUUUACAAUGCAUUAAACCUCCUUUAGAAACCAUUCCAGAACAUCAAUGGUUAUGCUCGCUAUGUGAAGCUAACCAACUUCCAGGUGUGAAUGAAGUGAGUUUGUCAGAUGAAGCUGAUGAUUUCACGUCUGUAUUGAGCCCGAAGAACGAAUGCUUGGGCCAUGACAGACAUUUAAGAAGAUACUGGUUCGUGGCAAGACGUCUUAUAAUAGAAAAGGGCGAUUUCGUGAGGUACUACUCCCAAAUGGAACAGGUUAACUACAUCAUUGAGAGUCUAGACGCAGUUUGCUACGAAGAAGCAUUGCACACUCGCCUUACUGAAGUGCAAUCAGUGAUGUCAAAACAUAUGUCUUUAACUAUGGACAUGACACAAUCUUUAGAGGACAAAAUGGUAGCCACGGAUCCCGAUUUGAAGAUGGUGAUGACGGAAGACUUGCUGGAGUUUGAGGAGUUCAUCAAAGAGCAAACUGAGUUGCGCAUGGACGAAAUGGAGACAAAAGAUGAAAACGAUGAAAAAGUUCUGGACUCCCACGAGGACUUCGACUGGAUAACUUCGGACAUCAUUCUCGAAGACCUGGAUUUUCAACAAUACGACCAGGAAGCCAAAGUGCAUGAUCGCCUGAAAUCCGAAAAUUUAUUCACUCUUGGAAUGGAAGAAACAGUCAAACAAUACGUGAACUUCUUCAACAACCACUCUCUAAGCAUGAACAGGUCUCAGGCGAAGGAAAUUGAAGACAGACGAAGACAUCUAGGAUAUAAAUUCUGUCUGGAACCCGAAUUCGAGUUGGCAUCGAAUUUCACGGGAACGGAGGAACAAGUUGUGACAGGAUUGAAGCAAACUAUUAAGCAGAUUGAAGACAAUUUGCCCUCUAUUUUUAUGCUCGAUGACUGGUCUGUUAAAUACCCAAGAGGCAUCAACUCAAUGUUGGGAUACCACCCCGCACCCUCUGACAUCAUCAAUGCAUUCUUGACUAUACAGAGACACAUUAAACCUUCCCUAUUUCUCCCUAUCUGGAGGGAUUGUUGUUCGAGUAUGGGUUUCUGGGUUAAGUUCUUCCAGCCAAAAAAGGAACUGGAACCAAACUCGGGAAUUCCAGGUCCAAUUUCAUCUUCAAAAGAAAGCGUUUCUAUCCCCAAUAAUGCUUCCUUUUGGACGUCAAUGCAAAACGAAACUGCCAAAAUGAUGAAUGAGUGUAUUUCUGAUGAUUAUUACCAAGCACUGUCGGACGCGGGAAUCGAACACCCGGUGUUUGUAUCGAUUCCUUUGAAACAUAAUCUGUACAAGACGAGAGGUGAAUUAUACAGACAGAAAGGCCAUGGCUGGGUUUGGAUGAAACGCAAAAAGAAAUCAAAGUUUACUCAGUUUCGAAAGCUAAAAGUAAAAUCAGAAAGAGAAGACGAUGGAUUUGAGUUACAGUCGCAUGAAAAAACCGAAAAAAAGAAGGUCGUCAAUAUAAAGAUCGAAGAUACAACGGAGGAUAAUAAAGAUACUAGCGCAUCUGAAGAUGUAAUAAAAAUGUCCUCGUUAUUUCCUUCUCGUAGCUUAAAUGAAAAUGUCAAAAGAAAUACUCAAUUAAGAAAUCUUUUGGACGUGAGGUUAAAUCAAAAGUUAACCGAAGAAAUUUGCGACCAACAAGAAGUCAAAAACAAUUUAAGUUCAAUCAUUGAAUUUAGCGAAAAAAUAGCAAAAGUUGACAGAGAAGUUACUAGUCUCGGAGAUGAAUUAGAUUACAUCAGUAAACAGAGGUUACGAAUUGAAAAUGUUCUUGAAGAACGUAAACAUUUGACCAGCUGUUAUAGCUGCUCAAAAAUUGCUUUGCACUUCAAUGAGAGAAAUAACUAUGAGUGUUAUUCGCCGCUCUGUAAUGAGAGUAAAGCUGUUAUUGAUCGGCUUCGAGAAAUAGCAGGAUCCACUAAAUUAGAAAAAGUAACAGAAAAACUGCAGAACUUUGAUUUUGUGAUUAAAUCGAAACGAGAACGAUUAAAAACAUUUAUCAACGAAAAGUCGCAACUUAAAGAUCAGUUAGCUACAGCGAAAACUCAAAUAAUUAAAACGAAAAGUACGGCUUUAGUUCAUAAAUUAGUUUCAGUCCAAAAGGCGAAAACGAAAAGUGAAACACCUUUUCGCCAAAUGAAUUCAAGGCACGAUCAAAAUAUUUUCACACUUCCGAAUUAUCAACUGAAAAGAUUUGCACAGUCGGGUUUGGGGAGUGUUUGUGAUGUUCCGUCAGCAAAUUUUUCGCAUAAACCGAUGACCAGCGCAGUGCAAUGGCCUUAUUUCUGUGAACGACCUUCCACGAAGCAUACUUGGGAAUACAGACUGGAAAAUGAAGUUUCAAAUCAGGCAUCUUCAGUCGAUGUGAAAAAUGACGUGAAGCCCUCAGCGACGUUUCCAUUACCUUGUACCCUUUCUACAAUAGCCGUGUUGAUUCGAGUUUUUCACGCUUGUGUGAGGUGGGAAGAACUGAAGGAAAUUGAGAAGUCGAUCAUGCCCCAAAAUGUAGCUGUCAACUUCCUAAAUAAAGGGUUCGCAUACCGAUUUGAAAUGGAUAACGGAUCCGCCAUUAUCAAAGACCCCCAGAAUAUCCGCGACGUUGCUCCUUUGUUCGUGGAAACAGAAUUCCUAUUGCGGAUAGUGCAUCUGCCGAAUGACAGAGGAGGCACUGCAAUGGUCAACAACUGUCUGAAAGAUGCCUUUGAGUAUGAAGGCGAAAUGGCUCUCCUAAAUGAGACAAAAAGGAGAGUGCGUAGAAGUGGGCGUACUCCUAAGUUCAAAAAGAGUCUGUUGAGCAACACAGAGCGGAGUGUGGAGACCAGAUGGGUGUCGGAAGUGGAUUUACAGUUGUGGGAAGUCAAGUACAUGUUGGAGAGGCGCAAAGAAAUCAUUGCAAAGUUCGAGUUGGAAAAACAGAAGAAAGCAGAAGCAGAGCGAAUGAGAGCUCUUCAGAAAGCAGCAGAAGAAAAGCUAAAAGCCGCCAAAAAUGCCCAGGGUAAACCGGAUCGAGAAUUUGGUGUCUGGAGCGAUUCGGAUGAAGAUAAACCUCCAAUAUCAACUCCGCCAAAAGCCAUUCCACAAAUGAUGCCAGUGCAAAUGCAGAAUGAUAUUAAAGCAGCUGAUACCCCGAAAAGUACUUCAAAAGUGGUGAUAGUCAGAUGCGCAGACGGAACGACAAAGCAAUUAGUCCUAAACACAUCGACACCAUCUCCACUGGGCUCAGGCCAAAUACGAAGUGUACACGUGAAACAAGCAGAUGGCGUUAGCCGGCCUAUCAGAAUCAUUCCUAUCAAAGCUACCUCCUUGAGUUCGCCCUCAAUGUCAAAUGUGAUGUCACCUGUUCCAGCUCGUGUGAAGAAUCAUUCGCUCAUAUCAUCAUCUGAAAAAGAUAGAAACCUCCAGGACUUCGUUCGACCUAAAGAUCCUGACCAGCCUUCUGUUCAAGUUAUCCCAGGAAAAGUAAAAGCUAGCAACCAGGAAAUAGCGAGAUCCAUUGUGUCAAGUUAUCUUGAAACGGACUACCAGUUUCCUGCAAAACAAAAUUCGGCUCAUAAACACUUGAGAGAGGAUAGAACUGGGGCUGUGGAUUCGAAUGAAAUAUCCGGGAUAUAUGACAGACAUCGGAUGCAACUGUCACCUCGUAAGGUAAAAAGGAGAGAUGAGGCGCUGACCAGAAAACAGACCUUAAAGAAACAGCAGAUAUCCACUAGACAUAAUAAAAAGCCGGUUCAGAGGAAGCGGAAAUUGAUGAAAGAGCAAAUAAAUUUAGAAUUGAUGUUUGAGAAAAAUAAAGUUCCUCUUUCUCGAGUUAUUUAUGAGAGGCCGUACAAUUCAGUCACUCACAAGCAGUUGCUUCCCGACAAUGAUAAUGAUUCGAAUAUGUCAUGUUCGUCUUCUUCAGAAUUGGAAAAUGAUCAAAUUACAACUGAUGACAAUGAAGUUGACUCUACCUCUGAUCUGAACUUAUCGCGAGGAGCUUCAACAUCUGAAAACAUGCCGAAGUUGAACGCUUGGAGUUUCCCGGAAUCUUCGGCAGUCCUGAAGAUUCAGCAGCCAAAAAUUCAGGGUUCAAAUUUGAUAUCAACAGGAAAGCGAGGUCGACCCAAAAAACAGAAUUCAGAAAAGGUAACCGCGGUGAGCGUCAAGAAAGAAAAGGCAGAAAAACGGAAGUUAGGCGAAGCGAAAAGUACUUCAGAUUCGAAAAGAGUUCAAGGUGACCCGGAACUCAAAAAUGAGAACAAAGUUCACCAGAAUCGCAGAGAAGUUUUUGAACAUAUCACGGCGUACGCUAAUAAGCAAGAUGCUAUGGCUCAGAGACAGAAAGGUGGAAAAAAUGAUCAUUCAGCUCCUUUGGUUAAGAGAAAACGAGUGGAGACUAAAGAUAACACUUCUCAACAAAAUGUCGAAACAGUAGCCGAGCUUUCGGUUGCAACUAAAGGCUCUCAAUUAAGAUUUGGAGACAAAGAAACUUUGCAUUGUAUCUGCAAAACCUUUUAUGACCACACUAAGUUCUACCUCAAAUGUGACUUAUGCUUGAACUGGUUUCAUGGAAAAUGUGUCGGAAUUAACGCAAAGAAAGCCAAAAAUAUGACAGAUUUUCUCUGUCCAAAUUGUAAAGAAAACUCAAGUAAAAAUGAGUUGUAUUGUAUUUGCCAGACGCCUUACAAUGAGUCCGAGUUUUACAUAGGAUGUGACGAAUGCGGCGAUUGGUUUCACGGGGCAUGUGUGGGAAUCGAACCGGAGGAGGCGUCAAAAAUCGACAAUUAUUUCUGUCCGAAUUGCAAAACGGAGGAAAAAGAAUCUGCCGAUAGUAAUUUCAACUUCACUCUGGAACCGGAGCACUUUGAGCUAUUGUCGGAGUUGAUGACGGUGUUAAUGGACCAUACACACAGUUGGCCCUUCAAUGAACCCUCGACUGACGAAGAGUACCCAAAUUAUUCGAAAGUGGUGACUAAUCCCAUAUGUUUCCGAGACAUAUCUGAGAAAGUAUCUUGCCGACACUACACAAACUUCAGCGACUUCAACUCAGACAUGAACAGGGUGUUCGAGAAUGCUCGCAAGUACCACUGGAAGAAAUCCAGCGAGUUCCAGUGCUGCGACAUAGUGGAGAAGGAACUGGUGACAUUUUUGACCAGUUUCAGACAAAGUAUAAGUCAGACUGAAGAAGACAACGAGGAAGAGGAAGAUGAAGGAAGCGAGAGAUCUGAAGAUGAAAAUAGCGAGGCAGUAGAAACUUAAUUCUGAAUAGAAUGGAAACAUCAUGACUUUAAAUAGCAGCAAUAGAAUAUUGCCGAAAAACUGAACUUAGAACUCAUCAAAAUGAACGAUAUUGAUAGGAAAUGUUCUUAUUUCUAAUGGAAUUUGUCGAUGUUGAGUGAUUAUUACUGGGUGACUUGAAAGUCUGGCAAAUGAUAAUAGCUAACUGUCGAGUAUGUUCUUAUUCCUUUGGUCUUGGCAAUUUAUUUUUUGGUUUUGAAUCAGCGCAAUAUUUUUUUAUCCUUUUAUACGAAUGGAAUCCAAAUUUAAUUUCUGUCAACAUGU